AUGGAAAUCACAGGUUUACUGCUCCUUGUGGUGGUUGCUCAGUCAUUUGCUAUGCCUCUGUCAUCGCUGGAGGAGACUGAUAAGAGGCUAUUAGCCGAGAAAUACCUCCGCAGGUUCUACAACCUUCAAGCUGGACUUCAGGGAACAAAGACCCACAGGUCUUCAGACGCCAUGCAGGCUAAGAUCAGGGAGAUGCAGUCCUUCUUCAACCUCCAGGUGACGGGGAGCCUGGACUCUAACACCCUGGAGCUGAUGAGCAUGGCCAGGUGUGGUGUCCCUGAUGUGGGGGAAUACAAUCACUUCCCCCGACACCUCAAAUGGCAGAACACCAAUGUGACCUUCAGAAUAGUGAAUUAUACUCCUGAUCUGAAGAAGGCUGAUGUGGACAGAGCUAUCCGUAACGCCUUCAACAUCUGGGCUGACGUCACUCCUCUGACCUUCAAGAAACUGCAUGAGGGGAAGGCUGACAUCAUGAUUUCAUUUGGGACAAAAGAACAUGGAGACUUCAACCCCUUUGACGGCCCUGACGGUCUCUUAGCCCAUGCCUAUCCCCCUGGCAGAGACAUUGGAGGAGACACACACUUUGAUGAAGAUGAACAUUGGUCAAAAGACUCAGACGCCUACAACCUUUUCCUGGUGGCCACCCAUGAGUUUGGCCAUGCACUUGGCUUGUCCCAUUCUACUGAUCCUGGGGCUCUGAUGUACCCAGUCUACUCCUACAGCCAGGGUUACCCACUGUCUGAAGAUGAUAUCACCGGCAUUCAAGCUCUUUAUGGCCCGAACCCCACCAGGAAAGUGAAGCCCAAGCCAGAUGCCCCAAACAAAUGUGACCCCAUGUUGAGUUUUGAUGCUGUUACUGAGCUCAGAGGAGAAACAAUCAUCUUCAAAGACAGGUUUUACUGGCGUCUCCAUCCCCAGUUUGCAGAGCCUGAGCAAACCCUGAUCAAAUCCACCUGGCCCUCCCUCCCCAACAAAGUGGAUGCUGCCUAUGAGUACCCUGAGAAAGACAUGGUCUUCAUAUUCAGUGGUAUUAGAAUGUGGGCCCUGAAUGGCUAUAACCUGGUGGAGGGCUACCCCAAAUACAUCCAUAAACUGGGACUCCCCAGGACCGUGCGGACGGUGGAUGCUGCUGUGUACAUCCCAGACACCGGCAAGACCCUUCUGUUCUCUGAGGAGCAUUACUGGAGUUAUGAUGAGAAGACUAACACAAUGGACAGCGGCUUCCCAAGAUCCAUUGAGAUGGAUUUCCCUGGAAUGGCAGAGGAGGUGGAUGCUGCCGUAUAUCAAUAUGGAUAUUUGCAUUUCUUCCAUGAACAUACACAAUUUGAAUACAGCUACAGUGCAAGGAAGGUCAUUCAGAUUGUUAGGACAAACUCUUUUCUCAACUGCUGA